AUGCCAAUCCCAUCCCUACCCCUCUUUACUGCGGCGGAGCAACAUGCACAGAAUCCCGAGAAGAUAGCCGUCAUUGACACCACCAAACAAGAAUCGUUCACAUUCGUUCAAUUACUGGCCGAUGCAGCAUCAUUAAGGAAGCGCAUAAUUGAGCAAUUGGGUUUGACAGGCGAUUUGGAAGAACGACGCAUUGCCUUCUUGGUCCCCAAUGGAUAUGACUACGUUGCUACGCAAUGGGCCGUGUGGGCGGCUGGAGGUGUCUGCGUUCCACUUUGCACAAGUCACCCAGUGAAGGAACUGUUAUACACUAUCGGAGAUUCGGACCCCUCAUUGAUUAUUGUCCAUCCACAUUUCGAGAAGAUCGCACCCUCGCUACGUGAAGGAUGUACCGCCGAUAUACCAUUCAUGGGACUAGAACCGUUCUCUCGAAACGAGACCCCGACCUUACCUUCUUUCUCACCACCCUUUGCGCUCACUCGUCGCGCUCUGAUGAUCUAUACCUCUGGAACCACAUCAAACCCCAAGGGCUGUGUGACGACACACGAGAAUAUCACUUUCCAAGCGAGCUGUCUAGUCAAGGCCUGGGAGUACUCUCCCUCCGACCAUCUUAUUCAUGUGCUGCCACUCCACCAUGUCCACGGUAUCAUCAAUGGCCUGACUUCCAGUUUGCUGAGUGGUACAACGGUGGAGAUGCAUCCGAAGUUUGAUCCGAAGGUGAUCUGGGAGCGGUGGCAGGACCACGGCUCCUCGACUUUAUUCAUGGCUGUACCGACUAUUUAUUCGCGUCUAAAUGACUACUUCGAUGCUCAUAUCCGGGGCACGGAACAAGAAGAUGCCGCACGGGCGGGCGCUCGUGCUUUACGGCUGGUCGUCAGUGGAUCUGCGGCUCUACCCACUCCAAUCAAAGAAAAAUUCGCCGAAAUCACCGGGCAAGUUUUACUAGAACGAUAUGGGAUGACCGAGAUCGGCAUGGCGCUCAGUUGUGGGCUGGAGAUUCAAAAGCGAAUCGAUGGCAGUGUAGGAUGGCCAUUGCCCGGCGUGGAGAUCCGACUGACUGAAAAAGAAACCGGUCGGAUCGUGGAUGGCGUGAAUGAAGACGGUAUGAUUGAGGUCAAGGGCAGUAAUGUCUUCUGUGAGUAUUGGCGGAAACCGGAAGCGACGGCCUCAGAGUUCACAGCGGAUGGAUGGUUCAGGACCGGCGACGUUGCUAAACGCGAUUCAAGCGGUGCAUACUUCAUCCAAGGCCGUGCUUCUGUUGACCUGAUCAAAUCCGGUGGAUAUAAGAUUUCCGCAUUGGAAGUUGAACGCAAGAUGCUGGCCAUUCAUGCGAUUCAAGAAGUUGCAGUAGUUGGAUUGGCGGACCAAGAAUGGGGCCAGCGAGUUGCAGCAGUUGUCAAGUUCCGAGAAGGGGUUACAUUAGACCUUCCUACUCUACGAGCUGAGCUCAAGGACGAGAUGGCUCCUUAUAAGAUCCCAACCGUUCUAAAGGUUGUAGAUGGGAUCGAGCGUAAUGCCAUGGGGAAGGUCAACAAAAAGGUCAUUAUACAAAAGUACUGGCCGGAUAAAGCAUGA